AUGACAUAGCACCAUGCUAUUAAUUCUGGUCAGCCUGCCGUGCCUGUAAGUCUGCGAGAAGGGAAGCGACGGAGAAACGAAAGAGAGGACCUCUUCUUUAUGCUUACUUCACGCUACUUCUUCCCUCGCUCGCCAUUUUGACCAAUUACACUUGUCGCCUCGCCUCUUCAUCAGGAUUAAUGGCACAUGCCCUUUUCAAAAUUCGUCUCUUAUUCUCCAGAUUCUCUUAUUAUAAACCAUGACUCGCCGUUUCUUCUUAUUCUUAUACAGUAGAUAGUAUCUCUUCUGUAAGUCCUACUAUGGCGAUUGCUUAUAGUCUAUUCUUUGUUUUGUUCUUGGUCAUCGGAUUAUUGUUUUCUGGUCGUGUGAUCUUGUUUAAGACCGGAUUGAUUUACGCGGUGAAGAAGUGGUGGAGGAUUUUUGAGGAAUUCUUCCAUGUCUACCAGUUGUUCAAGGUCCCGGAAUUCAACGAGAGUAUGCAGGAGAAUCAGCUUUAUCGGAAGGUCUAUGUUUAUUUGAACUCCUUGGCUUCCAUGGAGGACUCCAACUAUACAAACCUCUUCACCGGGAAGAAGUCUAAUGAUAUUAUUCUCCGUCUCGAUCCAAACCAGAUCAUCGAUGACGAUUUUCUCGGUGCCAGAGUUAGUUGGAUCAACUAUGAGGAAGGCGAUAUAAGAACUUUUGUGUUGAAGAUUAGAAAGGCAGAUAAGCGUCGGAUUCUCCGCCCUUAUCUGCAACACAUACACACGGUGUCCGAUGAGCUCGAGGAGCAAAACAAGGAUUUGAAGCUCUACAUGAACACUGAUUCCAGCGAUUCUCGGAGAAAUCGACGGUGGACGUCGGUUCCGUUCAAGCACCCUGCAACUUUUGAUACCAUUGCUAUGGAAUCGGAUCUGAAGAACAAGGUGAAAGCCGAUCUAGAGUCGUUCGUCAAGGCGAAACAGUACUAUCACCGCCUAGGGCGUGUUUGGAAGCGGAGCUACCUCUUGUACGGUCCGUCAGGGACAGGGAAAUCGAGUUUCGUUGCGGCGAUGGCCAAUUUUCUCGGCUACGACGUGUACGACAUCGAUCUCUCGAAGGUACGGGAAGAUUCAGAUCUCAAAAUGCUCUUGUUACAGGCCACAACGAAAUCGGUGAUCGUGAUUGAAGACCUUGAUCGGUUCCUGACGCAGAAAUCAAGUACUGUGAGCUUAUCAGGUAUUUUGAAUUUCAUGGAUGGACUGUUAAAUUCCUGUUGUGCAGAAGAGAGAAUUAUGGUUGCUACAAUGAACAAUAAAGAUCAAAUUGACCCGGCUAUACUCCGACCCGGUCGAAUCGAUGUCCACAUCCAUUUUCCGGUAUGUGAUUUCUCUGCUUUCAAACAUCUUGCCAGUAGUUAUUUGGGGCUAAAGGAUCACAAGUUAUUCCCUCAAGUGGAGGAGGUUUUCAAUAACAACCCCAGUCUGAGCCCGGCCGAGAUAGGUGAGCUCAUGAUAGCCAAUCGGAGCUCGCCCAGUCGAGCUUUGAAAACUGUAAUUAAUGCUCUUCAAUCGGAUGUUGGACGGCGGUUGUCUGAGAAUUUGGCAAGGAAGUCGAUGGAGGAAUGUGAGGACCAUUCGGGUAUUUUUCGUAGAGAAGGUGGUCACACAAUAAAGGAGGUAAGGAAAUUUGUUGAUAUGAUAAGGAUGAAGAGUGGCAGAAAAUCUCAGUCCUUCGAUUUGGCUUCACCACAACGCAAGGAGGGGUGAUGGCCUCGGAUUCACUUCACAAUUUGUCCAAUUCGAUUCAAUUUGUGGGUGGUUACAGGAAAUUCAUGACUAGAAUUCUGAAUCAUGAGACUGUAGACAUGAGGAAGAAGACGAGCAAAAGAAAAAGACCUUGUUUAUCAGCAUGUCUAAGCAUACUUUCACUACAAGUCUACAAUCCACCCAAGUAAACUAGUUAAUCUCAGAUUAGCAGAGAAUGAAUACAUUAUGGAAUUAGAUUUAAGUUUCCAACUUCAAAGAAGAAAAUAUUUGUAAAUUGUUCAUAGAAGGUUUUUAUUUGUUUUCAUUGUGGGGAAUAUGACCAUAUGAGAGAGUUGAUUUCAUCUUAAUUUUCUUCUGACAUUUGCUGUGAAAGACGAUAAGUGAUGGGAUAAUGUUCUGUUUUUU